GUCGCCCUCGGAGAAAGUUGUGUCGUCUGCACACACCACAGUGUACGUCACGUGACCACUUUUCAACGCUAUAAGCAGCAAACAGUUCGUUAAUACAGUGUGUAAGUCGGUCACGCAACACAAGUUUAUUCUACAUCAGCAUGGAGAUCGCCGGCAAAGGAGUCUUUCUCACUGGAGGUGCCAGGGGCAUCGGCAGAAAACUCAUAGAAGCUCUGCUUGCUAAAGGGGCGAAGGUCUUCUUUUGUGACAUCAACGAGUCAGUAGGUCGAGAGACGGAGUCAGAGCUGAGGAAACAGUAUGGCGACGACAGGGUCAUCUUUCAGCAGUGUGACGUCACUAACGCUGACCAGUUCAAAGCUACAUUUGAUAUGGCCGUCUCCAAGUUCGGGGCUGUGGAUGUCUGCUGCAACAAUGCAGGCAUCAUGGACGAGAGUGUGCCGGAGAAGAUGAUUGCCAUCAACACUACUGCUCAGAUUCGAGGAAGUCAGUUGGCCCUGGAACACAUGAGACGUGACCGCGGUGGUCGUGGUGGUGUCAUUGUCAGCACUGUGUCGGUGGCAGGCCUAGUAAGCUCUUACAACAUCCCAGUCUACGUUGCCAGCAAACAUGCAAUGAUUGGUUACAUGCAAAGCAUGGCGAUAAGUGUUCACCAGAAAGAGCAGGGUGUCCGAUGGUGUUGCCUGUGUCCCUCGGGUGUCAACACAGACCUCAUGGCGCUGAAAGAAGGACAAGCGAUUGAAAAAGAUAUAUUUCUGGCCAUAGUUGAUGCUUUCGGAUGGCUUGAACCGGAAGAUGUGGCUGGAGCCUUCAUACGGCUUCUCCAGGAUGAAAACAACAACGGCGCCAUUAUGGAAGUGUCUCAAAAGUUCAAGGAUGGGCGAUAUCGAAAGAGAAUGCUUGUGGAUGAGGAUGGCAUUUCUGACCCAGUCCCUGUCGACAAAGCUUUGAUUCUUGAAGAAUUGGUUGCUGCCAAACUCGGCAAAGCCCCUUAAGUCUACAACGAAUAAAAAAAAAAAAAAAUUCUGUGAUCUUGGUUCCGCUUAAUGUCGAAGUAAAUGUUGAACUGUAAUGUUCCAAAUUAUUCAAAUACCCAUUGGGGUAACUUAGUCAAUGUUAGUAAUUAAGAUGAAAAAAUCUUUUAAAUGAAUUUUAUAUUAUUUUGUUAGUAAAAUUCUUUAUUUUAUAAAUGUAUUACUUUUAUAAGAUUGCCCGUGUUUUAAAUGGUAAAGUUCGCAAUAUCCUAUAGAAAGAAUGCAAUAUUUCCGUUUGUUGUGUUUUAAUUUGUCCAGUCCAGGAGAUCUUUAGUUCAAAGUGUUGUCUUGCUACAGACAGGCGACUGUCAUUUUCACCGUUGAAGACAUGAAGAUUAUAAGUUUAGACUAUUAUGGUUUAGUCGCUGCUUUGUCGGUUUGUCUGCAAUCAUAUCUUUCACCACUGGUCUCUCUUUUCCUUUGGUCUCCGUGUCUGUGGGUCUGUCCGUCUGCCCUUCUCUCUAUGAUUUCGUAGUGAAUGUGCUCUCCAAAUGUACUGCUCAAAAUACGAUCAAUUCGAACUUUGCUAAGUGAUUAGCAAAUAAGCACAACAAGUGAAUAAUGACAUGUAUGUUUCAUAGAAAGUAGUCCCUUUGAUCGUCAUAGACGUCAGACUAAGAUUUUGGAUUUGUAAUAUGUUUACUUCAGAUGUACUAUACCUCGACCUCACAAUAAAAGAAGGGAGAGCCGUCUUUUUUUCUGUUAUAUAUUUGUUUUAGAUGGUUGACGGAUUGAUUCUC